AUGACCGCAGCUGACACUGAUGACCGUCGAGUCCCCACCAGCCCAUUUCUGUCCAGUCUCCUCAGUCCCCAACGAGCCAUCUCCAUCCCAGACUGUGCCACUCAGUUCUUCUGUCUCACCUUUGGCAUCAACAACUGCUUCCUGCUCACGGCCACGGGGUAUGACUGCUACGUGACCACCUGCAACCCCCUGCAGUAUUCAGUCGUCAUGAGUAAAGAGGCCUGUGUCCAGUUAGCAAGUGGCUCCCUGGGAACUGGCCUGGGCAUGGCCAUUGUCCAGGUAACAUCUGUGUUUGGCCUGCCCUUCUGGGACGCCCUUGUCAUCUUUCACUUCUUCUGUGACGUGAGGCCCCUGCUGAAGCUGGCCUGCGUGGACACCCCUGUCAACGAGAUCAUCAACUUUGUCGUCAGCGUCUGUGUCCUGAUUCUGCCCACGGGCCUGGUCUUCUUCUCCUACGUCCUCAUCGUCUCCACCAUCUUCAAGAUCCCCUCCGCCCGGGGCCGGAAGAAGCCCUUUGCCACCUGCACCUCCCACCUCAGAGUGGUCAUUGUCCACUAUGGCUGUGCCUCCGCCGUCUACCUCAAGCCCAAGUCCCAGGGAUCCCUGGGGCAGGACAGACUCAUCUCUGUGACCUACACCAUCCUCACUCCCCUGCUGAGCCCUGUCGUGUACAGCCUGAGGAACAAGGAGGUCAAGGAUGCCCUGCGCAGAGCCAUGGGGCAGAAGCCCCUUUCCUCUUAACAAGGACAGAUUAUUGGAAGGCUUUUAACUGAUUUUGUUUAAUGUGUAUUAAUUUUAAGGCUGUUUCAAAAAUGCCUUUAAAUAUGGGAUCAAGAAGGAUGCUGGGAUGGCUCGGUCGGUUAAGAGUCCGACUUCAGCUCAGGUCAUGAUCUCAUGGCUCGCGGGUUCGAGCCCCGCUUUGGGCUCUGUGCUGACAGCUCGGAGCCUGGAGCCUGCUUCAGAUUCUGUAUCUGCCACUCUCUCUGACCCUCCCACACUUGCACUCUUGCACUCUGUCUCUCUCUUGUUCAAAAAUAAAUAAACAUUAAAAAAAAUUUUUUUUAAUUUUCCAGUAAGCUCCUAAACCUGCAGAGGUUAAUCUUGAGAAGUUUCUUCUUAGAUGCUCCCAACUUAAAACCGGACUUAAAGCCAGCAUUCCUGUCUGAGCAUCACAGAAGGUGAACACGUGCGCUCUGGUGCAAGGCAGGGUCCUUUCUCCCUCAUCCUUCUGUGCACUCUGGCCCUUCUAUGCCAAGGAAUGAGCAUACCCUGACUUCCAGACACAGCUCCUGCAACGCCCAGAAUCACCCCACGGGGUGACCCUGCAUGGGCAAAAUAUCACUUGUGAGAGUAUCACGGGGUCUGCUGGUUAUGAAGGGUGGGGCAAGGCAGUGGAAAUGAACAAGUUCUCCAAGUCAAGUUAACCUGUCUGACUUUGCACAAAACACUAGCUAGCACGUGAAGUCAGCCUGGAGAUCAAAGACACCUUUGCCUUCAUGUCCAGAUUUCUAAACAUAAUAGCACCAGUGCCUUGCUAUGAGGAUAGUCAAAAUUAUUUUCACAAUGUUUGGCUUAGUCAUCCUGCUUAAAUCCAGAUAAAAAGCCAUUAGGUAGAGAUCUGACGGCCGGGGUCUCACUCUCUUCUGUCACUUGUACUCAGUGGAUGCUGUGCUACCCUACCUGGAUUGCUUACCUUUGGGCCCCACACAUCUGUUCCCCCAGCUGCUGGGAGGCUCUGAGGCAAUAGAGGUCAGUUGAGUGGCUCUUCGGAAAUUGCUCUUGGUGAAGAGCUACUUUCUCCAGAGUCUCACACCUUCUGCCAGGACAGACCGGCUGCAAAGACUUGCCUACUUCCGGCUGUAAAGACUGGCCCCCGUCCCUCCAACUAAGAUGAUUAAAAAGGGCCCUCCCGGCUCCAAGGCUCUCAUCUGUGAGCCGGUUUGACGUACAUCACAUUUCAGCUACUCCCCCUGCCAGGGUCCGCUGCCUUCACUCUCACACGG